AUGAUCUCCUCCAGAGCUGCCAUUCCCCCAGUGGGUGGGGGGCUUAACGACGAUGUUCCUGGCGCCGCCGGCGAGCUGUCGUUUGCAAAGUCAACGGCUGCGUGGGUGGCACUUGUCUGGUUCGUCUUUGUGUGGAUUGUGGGCUCGCUCGGCUAUAUUCAAAUACGCCGGAAAUACCGCAAGCCCCACGCCCAACGGCCCCCCCUGCUCGCCAAAGAAGCGGACGAGCUCCCCUUUGUCUCUAUACUCCGUCCUGUUAAAGGCCUCGAUGGCUUCCUGCACACCUGUCUGUCGUCCACCUGUCUCCUCGACUACCCGAAAUCCAAAUAUGAGCUCAUCGUGUGCAUCGCGUCCCCGCACGACCCGGCCGUCCCCGUGGUCAACGAGAUAAUCGAAUCGUUCCCGGACGUGGACAUCCGGCUGAUUAUCGGCGAGGAGGACGUGGGCCCGAACCCAAAAAUCCGCAACAUGAGCCGCGGCUACAGGGAGGCCAAGGGCGACAUCCUGUGGAUCCUCGACAUCAACGUCUGGGUCACGCCGGGCAUCCUCGCGCGGAGCGUCCGCAUGCUGGAGGGCACCGACAGGGGUGGGAAGGGAUAUAAGCUGGUCCACCAUCUGCCGGUCGGUAUCGAUGUGACUGCACAGGCGGACCAGCUUGCGUCACUGGAGGCGGUCGCGAUAAAGAAUUCCGAAGAGCACCCGCUUCUGCCGGCGCAGCCGGUCGCGGCUACGGUACCCUUCUGGUCACAGAUAUGGCGCACUGGCGGGGGUAGGCUCGAGGAGAACUUCUUGUCUAGCUCGCACUGUAAGAUGUACGUGGCCAUCAACACUGUCGCGGUUGCCUCAUGUGUCGUUGGUAAAUCGAAUCUCUUCCGCCGCUCGCACCUCAACGAGGCCACCCGUAAUCCCGAACACCCCGAAAAGGAGGGCAUCCUCGCCUUCGCCGACCAUAUCUGUGAGGACCAUCUCCUCUCCGAGCGCCUCUGGCUCACCAAGCUCGAGGAGGAGAAGGCCGGCACGCGCGCAUGGAGCAAGCACGGGCUUGGCGAGGACCUGGUCUUCCAGCCCAUGGGCGGAAUGAGAGUAACGGACUACCUCGCGCGCCGCGUUCGCUGGUUGCGCGUGCGGAAAUACACCCUCCUCGCGGCAGCGCUCAUCGAGCCCGGCACCGAGAGCUUCCUGUGUUCGCUCAUCGGCGCGUUCGCCGUGACCACACUGUUCCCGGAGUGCUGUCUGGACCUGUUCGGGGGCGUCAUGGACGAGCCGUCGACGUGGGUGUUGUUUGCGCUGUUCUGGCUGGCGAGCGUGAUGGCAUGGGCGGCGGUCGACUAUGAGCUGUUUAUGUUCCUGCACUCGUACCGCGGGGUUGAGGUGGGGAAGAGUACGCCGCUGUUUGUCACGGAGGAGCUGGGGGGGAAGCGUGGGUUUGGGGCCUGGCUGGCGCAGUGGGUGGGGAGGGAGGCGUGCGCGUUUGGGGUGUGGGUGUGGGGGAUGUGGCCGGGCGAGAUUAAUUGGCGCGGGUCGAGGUACAGGAUUAGGUGGAAGGACCUGAAGGCGGAGGAGAUUGGAAGAGGGCCCGGGAAGAGGGAUUAG